AUGACCGUCGAUCAUCGUACGAGCCGCCUCCAACGAAUUCUUGUUGCUGGAGGUGGUUUUGCCGGUUUAAGUUUCAUUGGGAACCUGCUCGACUUGUGUCAAGGACGGAAAGCCCGAUUUGAUCUGGAUAAAGCUGCCGAUGAUGAUAAUGGCGCAAAAGUUGAUGUGUUGAUCACAAUAGUCGACGAGAGAGAUGGAUACUUUCAUACCAUUGGGGCACCGCUUGCCAUGGUCAGUGAAGAGUACAGUCAAAAAGUAUGGACAGAGUACUCAGCCCUGGAGAUUCUGCAACAUCCAAGUGUAAAGUAUAUCCAAGGCAAACUUGCUUCUGUUUCACCAGAGUCAAAAGAGGCCGUGAUCCUGCCAUUCAACAGCGAGACUCCAUCUACAGUUUGUUACGAUUUCUUCGUCGCAGCCACGGGGCUUCAUAGAGCUUGGCCGGUUGUCCCCCAAGAUUUGACAAAGUCCGAAUUUCUAGCCGAUGUGAAGAGGCAGGUGAAGGCUAUCCGGGAUGCCAAAGAUGGCGUGGUGGUGAUCGGUGGCGGCGCCGUAGGAGUUGAGAUUGCAGCCGAGAUUCUGCACACUCACCCUGGUACCAAAGUCUCGUUGCUUCAUGGUGGACAGACCCUCUUGGCCUCGGAGCCGUUGCCAGCGAACUUGAAAAGUUUAAUUCUUCAAGCACUCCGCAAUCAAGGCGUCAAUGUGAUGCUCAGGAAGAGAGCCAAGACGGUCAAGUCUCGAAGCGAAGGCAGAAACAAGUAUGUCGUGGAAUUGGCUGAUGGUGGCGAGAUCACGGCAGGCCAUGUCAUUUGGGCAACUUCCAACCCGAUUCCUUCUACAGAAUAUCUUCCGUCACGUUGUCUAUAUGGAGUGGUUAUGCUAAACAUCAAGGAUGGUGACUCAACUGUGGCACAGCAUUUCGCUGUCGGGGAUAUUGUCUCCUUUGAGGGUAUCCGACGCUGCAGUCCCGCAAUGCAGAUGGGAUAUUUUGCCGCUGUCAACAUAUAUGAACAGAUGACAGCAGACACGCCCGACUUGAAGCACUUUGAAGGGUUCCCUGAAAUGUUCCGAUACGCAUUCGGUAACGAAGCGGUGCUAUGGAGUCCUGGUGAAGACAUUGUCUUUGGGGAGGAACCUCGGCGGGCUGUGUUUGAAGAUGACUUGUGCUUGAGGAAAUGUUGGAACUACAUGGGCUUGGGCAACAUUUGGUAUUUAAUGACUUUCUUCGGGUCGUCGCUUCAUUUCUCUUUUCAAUUCAAUAAAUUUGUUAAAAUGCGUUUCAUCAUCGACGACAAGCCGCGUCAAGAUCAGGGCAAGGAGGUGCCGCUCAUGGUCAUCGGAGCUGGCCUCCCCCGUGCCGCCACAUCAUCCUUGCAAGCAGCACUCGAAAGGAUCGGUUUCGCACCAUGUCUUCACAUGGCAGAAGUCAUUCCUCAUGUGGACCGUAUGCAGCUUCUUCUGGAGGCGGUGCGCGAAAAGGACACACAGGUUCGCCACAAGAUGCUACGCCAACUCAUCCAUGGUCAUUAUGCCAUUUGCGAUCUUCCCGUUGUGUUCUUCACUCCCGACCUUAUGGACAUGUACCCCGACGUCAAGAUCGUCUUGAAUGGACGACCUGACCCAGACGUCUGGGCUCGCAGCGCCGCCGACAGCUUCAGGUUCAUAUUUUCGCCAUGGUUUAAGUGGACGGGACUUCUAUGGACGACAGACAGGAUCUGGUACCAACUCAACCGAGAAUCGGAGAAAUAUUGCCAAGAACUUUUCGGCGACGGCGACAUCUUUACUGGCAGGUGUUACAGAGAGUACUACGACAUGGUGAGAGCCGAGGCGAAGAAGCGAGGGAAAGAGGUGCUCGAGUUCAAGGCUGAAGAUGGCUAUGAACCACUGUGCAAGUUUUUGGGAAAGGAUGUCCCGGAGGAGCCGUUCCCAAAAUUGAACGAGAAAAGGACUUUCCAGAUUGUUCAGGCUAUUCUCAUCGCGAGGGGGCUGCUUGCUUGGUCGGCUUUGGGUGUUGGAUGUUGGGGUGCUUGGAAACUGGCCGAUCACUUCCUGCGGUGA